AAAGUUGCAGAAUAAAUACAGCACUCUCUGUGUGCAGGUUGGCAAAAGGGAAUUCUUAUUUGCUUAUUUUCGACUGUUUUUGUUUUUAUUCUGCUAAUUGUGAAUUAUUAUAAUUUUUAAUUUUAAUUUUUUUUUUUUUGUUGAUCACUGAUUUCGAUCACAUUACAAGUGCGUGUAUGUACAUUCAAUGAGUUUGGCAAUAUCAUCUCUUCUAUUGCUGAUAGCCUUUGGCGCCAUUUACGGCAUUAAAGCUAAUAACGGCACUUCCGUACUAUCCUAUCGCUUGGGGACGCAUGUGUUGCCUGACGCCUAUGAUAUUUGGUUGAAGCCGUACCUACUACCAACACAUGGAGCACGUCGGUUCACUUUUGAUGGCGAAGUCAACAUAAAAUUACACCCCACGCAGUCUGGUACUCGCGAAAUUAUUUUGCACAAAAAUCUGAUUAAUAUCACUCACGCUUGGCUCUAUAACAAUAAUAAUACGAGUAGGACAACACAAUUGAUCCGUAGCGACGAAUUGGCUUUCGAUGAGAUAACAAAUAAGCUAACGAUUCGCCUGAGAGAUGAGCUAAUUCUUAAUAACAACUAUACGUUGCACUUCAAAUAUAAUGGGGAGAUUCGGGAUGGACUUCAAGGAUUUUUCCGUCUCAAUUACACGGACAGUGCCGGCAAUGAAAAAUGGAUUGGCGUAACACAGUCUCAGCGGAUUGAUGCACGCACCAUAUUCCCCUGCUUUGAUGAGCCAGCUUUCAAAGCUACAUUCACCUUACAAAUUAGUCGGCCAACCCAAUACAAUACAGUUUUCAAUACGGAAUUGUUGGAUAACACACCAGACGGUGACGGCCGCUUUCUGGAUCGCUUCGCUGCCACACCACCCAUGUCCACCUACCUCGUUGCGUUUAUUGUUUCUGAAUUCGUAAAACAUGGAAGUGAUGAUUUGAAAUUCAUUACGCGCAUAGAACAUGAAAAUAAAACCGACUUUGCUUACCAAGUAGCAGAACGAUCGAUUAAAGCUUAUGGCGAAUACACACAACAGCCGUAUAAAGAAUUGGGACUGCGGAUUAUGCAGAAGGCCGGGUCGCCAAAAUUUCCACACAAUGGCAUGGAGAAUUGGGGACUGGUUAUUUAUAGUGACAAUGUACUGGCAAUUGAACCAGGUUACACCGAUGGCUGGGCCAACAAGGAAUACACUCUCACCAUAAUAGUGCAUGAGACAGCGCACAUGUGGUUCGGCAAUAGCGUUACGUUCGCCUGGUGGAGUUAUUUCUGGCUAAAUGAGGCCUUCGCGCGCUACUAUCAGUACUUCAUGGCACACAAGCUUCAUCCGGAAUAUCAUUUAGACCAGCAAUUUGUAGUGAAUCAAGUACAUAUGAUAUUUGGCAUAGACGCUGUCAAUAGCACUCAACCGUUGACUAGUCCAGAGGCACAAAUACAAUCUCCAAUAGAAAUUGGUUAUAAAUUUAGCAGUCUCGCUUAUGCAAAGGGCGCGUCCAUAUUACGCAUGAUAGCCAACCUUAUGGGUAUUGACAACUUCGAUAUGGCUAUUCGGGCUUAUUUGAAAGAAUUUCAUUUAAAAAAUACCGUUCCGGCCGAUCUCUUUAAACACUUGAAACACUACUGGCCAUCCACACCGCAAUUUAAUGUAGAUCAAUUCCUCUACGAUUGGACGGAGCAAGUCGGAUUUCCAGUGCUCUUUGUGAACAUCAAUGCUGAUCGUACCAUGGAACUUACCCAAAGACGUUUCUUGCUUGAUCGCAAUGACGGUAGUAACGACUCGCUCUCCUAUACCAUUCCUAUUACCUAUGCCACGGACACGGAACCAGAUUUCAAUAAUCUUACAGCGCGAUUUUUUUUACCAAAAAGCAUUAGGUUGUUCGUCUCCAUCGAGAAACCAUUCAAAUGGAUGAUUUUCAAUUUGCAGCAGUCAAACUAUUACCGCGUGUUCUACGACAAUACAACACUGUUUCAAAUUCAAAUGGCUUUAUUGGCGCCAAAACAUAGUGGCAUACCUCCCACCAAUCGCGCCCAGUUGAUCGAUGAUUUAUUCAAUUUCGCGCGAGUCGCCAUGCUGGACUAUGAGACGGUAUUCCGUUUCUUGGAGUAUUUAGCCAAUGAAACACAGUAUUUGCCUUGGUAUGCGAUGUUUUCGAGUUUGCCACGCGUCUCACAGCGUUUAACACUACAGCAACAAAAACCAUUUGUGACUUACCUUAAUGACAUCAUGACUCAGGUGUAUGAGCAUUUGGGCUUUACGGGUUCCAAUUUCACUGUUCUCGAUAUUUACAAUCGCAAUAAGGUCAUUAGCUGGGCAUGCAAAUAUCAUCUAUUCGAUUGCGGUAGAAAAUCACAACAGGUAUUCGAUGCAUUCCAAAAAUCUGGCAGUAAGCCGACACCAGAUUUUCGUGAAACACUGUACUGCAGUGCAACGCGUGAUGGCAACUUUACUUAUUAUCAAACGCUUAAUAAUUGGUUCUACAAUGAGAAAAUGUUGAGUGAGAAGCAGAAGCUGUUCAGAGCAAUGGGAUGUACGCUUCGCUUCUAUAAAUAUCAUUAUGACAAUAUUUUGCGCGGGAACAUUUCUAGCGAAUACGCCGUUAUGGGUAUAACACCAAUGUAUGCUGAGAAUCCCGAAAAUGUGGAUGCUGUAUUCACUAUGGUCACUGAUACCAUAGAAAGGCUAGCGGAGAGGCUAGAUGGUUGGUCAAAUGUCGCCACUGUUAUCAGUGACAUAGCCAACUACUUCACCACACAAGAGCAGAAGAAGUUGCUGGAUAAUUUCAUUGUGAAGAAAGGCUCACUUUUUGGUAGCUCAAUUUCGAAACUGCACGACGCCGUUUCAACGGUGGAAAUGAAUUUGAAGUGGGCGCAAGAGCGUUUACCAAAACUUCUAAGUUAUUUGGAAAGUCGCAAUGCGGCUGCUAUAAGCAGUUUAACAACGGUUUUAUUAAUUUGUUUAAGUCUUGCCCACGGUCUGCUGUAAACAUAUUUGUAAGCAAAGCCUCCCACAUAUGCCUUGAUAAAUGGGUAUCCCCC